UUACAAAGGUUGCAGUUUUAGAGAGAGAAGUCGGCGAAGAGAGAGAGAGAGAGAGAGAGAGAGAGAGAGAGAGACGAGGUGAAGGUGUGAGAAUGGCGGCUCCGAGUAUCUUAUCACAAUUGCCACCGCAAAACUUAUCUUAUAAUGCUAAUUAUAAUAGAUAUAAAUUUAAUCACCAUUAUAAUUAUUAUAAUCACAAUUAUAAAGCAGAAAAUUUGCCUUUCUCUGUGGCCUCUUCUCUUUCUACGCAAUCCAAAUUCAAAUCAAACUACUCAUCUUUUAAGCUCUCUCAAAUGCCUGUCCAUUUCUCAAAAUCAGGCGGUGAAUAUUCGUGGAUGCAAGAUAAUUCCAGGCACCAAAGCUCUUCUUCCAUUGAAAAAUGGAAGCAGGGCCGAUUGCAUUUAGCACUUCCCACAACACCUGCUCAAGUUUCAUCAGUGGAAGAUCUUUAUGAAUUCAUCUGCUCCGGUCCUCUCCUAAGCAAAUUGGGUUUGAGCACAGAAAUGAUCGGCGAAUCUAUUGACAAGUGGUUAUCGUAUGGUUUGCGCUUGUGCCGCUUGUUUCAGCUCAAUGAAUUGUAUCUUACAGAUCCCCAAAAAGCAAGGAUUUAUCACUAUUAUGUACCAGUGUUUUUAUGGUGUGAAGAUAAGAUAUCAAAGUAUAGGUCCCAGUUUAAAGAUGGAGAAGAUAUACCUCCUUUAGUGAUUGGUUUUAGUGCACCCCAAGGUUGUGGGAAGACCACGCUUGUCUUUGCUCUUGAUUAUCUAUUCAAAGUUACCGGCAGGAAAUCUGCAACAUUAUCGAUAGAUGAUUUUUAUUGGACAGCAGAGGGUCAGGCCAAAUUGAGAGAAGCAAAUCCAGGAAACGCACUUCUAGAGUUCCGUGGAAAUGCUGGGAGCCAUGAUCUUUCAUUAUCCAUUGAAACCCUGACAGCUCUAAGAAAAUUGACAAAAGAAGGUAUUAAGAUGAAGCUACCUCGAUAUGAUAAAUCUGCAUACAAUGGGAGGGGUGACAGAGCUGAUCCUUCUGAGUGGCCAGAGGUAGAAGGGCCAUUAACAGUGGUUCUGUUCGAAGGUUGGAUGCUUGGUUUUAAACCCAUUCCAAUAGAAGUGGUCAAAGCUGUAGAUCCACAGCUAGAGAUAGUGAAUAAGAAUCUUGAAGCCUAUUAUGAUUCGUGGGACAAGUUUAUCGAUGCAUGGCUUGUCAUCAAGAUUCAAGAUCCCAGUUAUGUCUAUCAGUGGCGUUUGCAGGCAGAGAUUGCCAUGAGAGAGGCAGGCAAACCUGGAAUGACUGAUGAGGAGGUUAAAGAUUUUGUUUCCCGUUACUUGCCUGCAUACAAGGCCUACCUCCCAACUCUAUAUUCCGAGGGACCAAAAGGGUCUGAUCCAGAGAACGUUCUCUUUGUCGAAAUUGAUGAAGGGAGAAAUCCCAUUUUGGCUGGUUAGAUGACUGUAAUCUCAUAUUGAAUCUCUCUCUAAAGGUGCAUUUUUUAUUAUUAUUAUUAUUAUUUCUUUGACCUGAUGUAAUAAUUUUACAUGAGGUUUUUGUAUAAAUCAGUACAAGGAAGGUCAUUUGUAAAUUUUAUCAUGUAAUGUUAACAUAUUUCAAAUGAGCA